AUGGAUCGAAGCCCUCCUCGUGAACAAAUGAAAUUAUUUUCUCGUGUUUAUCCAUUAACGCCUGAAGAUGAAAUCGUCAUAUCGGGAAUUUCUGGAAGAUUUCCGAGUUCAAAUAACAUGCAUGAUUUUGCUCACAACCUUUAUAAUAAGGUUGACAUGGUUGAUGAUGAUGAAAGACGAUGGCGGCAUACUAAUCCAGAAAUUCCGAAGAGAAUGGGAAAAGUUAGUAAUUUGGAGAAAUUCGAUGCGACCUUCUUUGGAGUCCAUUUCAAACAAAGUCAUACAAUGGAUCCGCAAUGUCGUAUGCUUUUAGAGCACGCUUAUGAAGCUGUUCUUGAUGCAGGAAUUAAUCCAAAGACUUUACGUGGAAGUCGAACGGGUGUUUUUAUAGGUGCUUGCUUUGCUGAAUCGGAAAAAACUUGGUUCUACGAAAAAGUUUCAACUGGUGGUUUCGGUAUAACUGGUUGCAGUCGUGCUAUGUUAGCGAAUAGAAUUUCAUUCACGUUGGGUUUGACUGGGCCGUCAUUUCUAUUAGACACUGCAUGCAGUUCUUCAAUGUAUGCAUUAGAUUGUGCUUUUAAUGCCAUUCGAAGUGGAGAAUGUGACGCAGCAUUGGUUGGAGGAUCAAACUUGUUGCUUCAUCCUUAUGUGACGUUGCAAUUUGCAAGACUUGGUGUACUUGCUCCCAAUGGAUAUUGCCGACCUUUUGAUAAGGAUGCAACUGGUUACACAAGAGCUGAAGCAAUUUGUGUUUUAUAUCUGCAAAAGGCUAAAAACUCAAAACGAAUCUAUUCAAAUUUGUUAUAUUCAAAGACAAAUUGUGAUGGACAUAAGGAAGAAGGCAUUACUUAUCCAUCAGGAAAAAUGCAAAUGAAACUUCUUAAGGAAUUUUACGAAGACAUAAACAUUCUCCCUAGUUCAGUGGAUUUUGUGGAAGCUCACAGCACAGGAACUGUUGUUGGUGACCCUGAAGAAUGUCGAGCUCUUGAUGUUGUUUUUUGUACCGGAAGAGACAAACCACUUCCGGUUGGCUCGGUCAAAUCAAACAUGGGCCAUUCAGAGUCAACUUCGGGUGCGUGUUCAAUUGCAAAAGUUAUUCUUGCUUUCGAAAAGAAAUUAAUUCCGCCGAAUAUAAAUUUCGUGGAAAUUCGACCGGGACUUGAGUCGUUAGAGUCGGGUAGAUUAAGAGUGGUGGCAGACCCAGAAGAAUUAAAAGGACCUUUAAUUAGCAUUAACUCAUUUGGAUUUGGAGGUGGAAAUGCACAUGCACUUUUUAAAGCAAAUCUUAAAGAUAAAAUAAAUAAAGGAAUUCCAAGCGAUAAUUUACCAAGACUCGUCGUGUGGAGUGGACGAACUGAAGAAGCUGUUAAUUUAAUUGUUGAUAGCGUCACGAAACAACCACUUGAUGCAGAAUAUGUUGGCUUACUUCACAGUUGUGUGACUGGAGAGUCUGCACCUGCUAACAUUUAUCGCGGUUAUGGAGUGUUUGCACAAAAAGAUCCAUCCGAAAAUGCAACUUGUUUAAGUCGUGAUGUGAAACAUUUUACUGGAUUCAAGCGUCCAAUUGUGUGGGUUUACAGUGGGAUGGGAUCUCAAUGGUGCGGCAUGGGACGAGAUUUAAUGCAGAUUCCAUUAUUUUCCGAAUCGAUCGAAAAAUGUCAUGAGAUUUUAGCUCAACGCGGUUUGAAUCUCAAAGAAAUCAUCACAUCGGAUGAUCCAAAAAUGUUUGAUAACAUUCUUCAUUCAUUUGUUGGUAUCGCAGCCAUUCAAAUUGGUCUCACUGAUAUUCUGAAGACUCUUGGAAUGGAACCAGAUCACAUCAUUGGUCAUUCUGUGGGAGAACUUGGUUGUGCUUAUGCUGAUGGUUGUUUUACUGCUGAAGAAAUGAUUUUGUCAUCAUAUUCACGUGGCAUGGCGAGUAUCGAAACAAAGGUUGUGUACGGAUCAAUGGCAGCUGUUGGAAUGGGGUAUAGAAAGCUGAGAACAAUGGUUCCUGAUGGUAUUGAAAUUGCAUGCCAUAAUAGUGCUGAUUCGUGCACAAUUUCGGGACCAGCCGACAACAUUACUAACUUUGUUAAAGAACUCAAAUCAAAGAACAUUUUCGCUAAGGAAGUUCAGUGUUCGAACAUUCCUUAUCACAGCAAAUACAUUGCUGAGAUGGGGCCGAGACUUUUAGGAAGACUUACUGAAGUCAUUAAGCAUCCCAAGAAACGUUCAUCAAAAUGGCUUAGUUCAAGUGUUCCUAAGAUUCGUUGGGAUUCGGUUGAAACACAAUAUUCAUCAGCACACUAUCACACUAAUAAUCUCUUGAGUUCAGUUUUGUUUGAAGAAACAUCAGCUUUAUUACCCCGAAAUGCUUUGACAGUUGAAAUUGCACCACAUAGUUUACUUCAAGCUAUAUUACGGAAAUCAAUACCUGAAGCAGUUCAUGUUGGACUCACAAAACGGGAGAACAAAAGCAAUACGACAUUGUUCUUAAGUGCACUUGGAACUCUUUAUGAACACGGAAUUGAUCUUGAUAUCAGCAAACUUUAUCCACCAGUAGACUUUCCUGUUUCUCGUGGCACUCCAAUGAUUUCUCCACUUAUCAAAUGGGAACACAGCGAAGAUUGGUUCGUCACAAAAUUCGAAAGUCAAAAGUCAAAUCGAAGUGGUGAACGACACGUUGUCAUGAAUUUGGGAGAUCAAGAAUUUGAGUAUAUGAGUGGACAUACAAUUGAUGGUCGAAUUCUUUUCCCAGCCACAGCAUAUUUACAUUUGGUUUGGGAAACCAUGGGAUUAAUGAUGGGAGUGUUUUUCUUUGAACUUUGCAUUGAGUUUGAAGAUGUGAAAUUCAUUCGUGCUACUGCACUUCCUAAAAAUCAAGAUGUUGAAUUCACGAUUAUGAUUCAACCAGGAUCGGGAAGAUUUGAAAUCACUGAAGGUUCUAGUGUGCUUGUAACUGGUUUCAUUAAAGUCGUAGAAAAUUUAAAGUUAUCUGAGAUUAAGCCACCAAAAGAUAAUGGAUAUCCAACAUUACCCACCAGAGACUUUUAUAAAGAACUUAGGCUUCGAGGUUAUCACUACAAUGGACUUUUCAGAUCUGUUGAAGAAGCUCGAGGUGAUGGCUUAGUAGGAAAAGUGAAGUGGAAUUCUAAUUGGGUUGCAUUUAUGGAUUGUCUGCUGCAAAUUCACAUUGUAGGACAAGACAGUCGAGGGCUGUUACUACCAACUGGCAUUCAAAAGCUUUUGAUAAACCCAAAAAUACAUAAGGAAAUGGUGUUGGACUUUGACAAUGAAAAUAUUACUUUGGAUGUCUUCACGUGUAAAAAUCUGAAAAUCUUACGAAGUGGUGGAGUUGAAAUUAGAGGUUUGCAAGCAAGUCCAGUGAAUCGAAGACGUCCACCUGGUGUACCGGUUUUAGAGACUUGUCAAUUUGUUCCACAUCUUCCAACACCUUUCUUAUCAAAAGAUGAAAUGUCAAGAUUUUUUGUUCAACUGGGACUUGAAAACGUUCCGACCCACAAAGUGCUUUCAGUUGAAAUUGAUUCCAAUGAUAAAAAAGAUAUUCUCAGUGAAUAUUUUGCUCAAGCUAUGGGUGAUCUUCCUCUUGUGACAAGUGAAAUAAAUUAUCUCACCUCAAGAGAUGUUAAAAUUGGGAACAUCAACGUUGAAGACAGAAAACUCGCGGCAUUUAAAAAUUGCUUAUUUGUUUUGCGAUCCAAUUGUCUUGGCGAUCAGCAAUUCCUUGAAUAUGCAGUUCAAUAUAUUUGUAAAGGUGGAUUUUUAAUAUCCAGAGAACCAAAUGAUAUCAAAUUAAAAUUCUUAAAUCAACUUCCGCAAGAAUAUCAGCUCAUUGCCAUUGUACCAACUGAAGAUGAAACUGUUGUGAUGCUUCAAUGUCACAAGAAUAAAGUGAACAAUCAUCAACAAAUUGUUAAAGUAUCAUCAACAUCUUUCGAGUGGGUGGAAGAAUUGAAAGAAGCAAUUAAAGCUGGUCCGGUUUUGGCAUAUUCAGAAAAGGAAGAAUUAUCCGGAAUUGUAGGUCUUGUUAAUUGCAUAAGAAAAGAACCAAACGGAUUGAACCUUAAAUGCGUUUUUAUUGACGAUCAUCGAGCUCCACCAUUCGAUCUUGAACAUCAAUUCUACAAGACGCAUCUGCAGCAAGGCCUUGCAAUAAAUAUCUUUAAGAAUGGUCAGUGGGGAAGCUACAAGCACUUUUUGUUAAAGCAGGUUAAAGAAAAUGGACGACGUGUCGAUCAUUGCUAUGCAAAUUGCCUUACUCGGGGAGACUUAUCAUCAAUGACAUGGUUGCAUGGUCCAUACAACCAUGGAAAACCAAAAGGAGACUUGGUGAGACUGCAAUAUGCUUCACUAAAUUUCCGAGACGUCAUGCUUGCUACUGGUAAGCUAACAGCUGAAGUUUUUGGUUCUGGAAGAUUGGAUCAACUUUGUAUUCUUGGAUUUGAGUUCUCUGGUCAUACUGAAAAUAACCGAAGAGUUAUGGGAAUGGUGAUUUCUGGAGCUUUAGCAACUCACAUUGAAGCUGACGAUACUUUAUUAUGGGAUUGUCCUGAACAAUGGACUCUUGAAGAAGCUGCAACGAUUCCAGUUGUUUAUGGAACUGUCUACAGCGCCUUUUUCUUAACAACACAGAUUGUAAGUGGUAAAACGAUUCUCAUCCAUGCUGGAAGUGGUGGAGUUGGUCUCGCUGCUAUUCGUGUUGCAUUCGCUUAUGGACUUGAAGUCUUUACGACUGUCAGUACUGAAGAGAAAAAAAGAUUUUUGCUUAACGAGUUUCCUGAAUUGAAGGAAGCAAACAUUGGAAAUUCUCGUGACACAUCAUUUGAAGAUUUGAUUAUUGAACGAACUGAUGGUAAAGGCGUUGAUUACGUGUUGAAUUCAUUGGCUGAUGAGAAACUUCAGGCAUCCAUUAGAUGUCUUGGAAAAGGUGGAAAAUUCUUAGAGAUCGGAAAGUUUGAUUUGGCAAAUGAUACGAAGAUUGGUCUUGGAAACUUCCUUAAAGAAAUUUCUUUCAACGCUGUACUCGUUGAUAAUCUUUUCCACGCAAGUCCCAAAGACAAACUUGUACUUCAAAGAUUGGUCGAAAAUGAUAUCGCUAAAGGAAUCAUUAAGCCACUCAAGACAACAGUGUUUGAUGCACAAGAUAUCGAGAAAGCUUUCCGAUAUCUUGCAAGUGGAAAACAUGUUGGAAAAGUCAUCUUAAAGGUCCGAGAGAACGAAUCCGAUCUUGCUACUUUGCCCAUUUCUGUAGUCCCACGAUCCUAUUGUAGUCCCAGUCUAACUUACAUCAUUCCUGGUGGACUUGGUGGCUUUGGAUUGGAGCUCGCAGAUUGGCUGGUUCUGAGAGGUUGCAGAAAGCUUGUGUUGAGUUCAAGUCGUGGAAUCACCAAACAAUAUCAAGCUUAUAGAAUUAAGAUUUGGGAAUCUUAUGGUGUUAAAGUUGCUGUAAAUACAUCUGACAUCUCGACAAAGUCUGGCUGUGAACAAUUGAUUCGGGAAUCAAUGAAGUUGGGACCUGUGGGUGGAAUCUUCAACUUGGCUGUGAUACUUAAAGAUGGCAUUUUUGAGAAUCAAGAUGCUGAGAAGUUUAUUGAAUGUAUGGCUCCGAAAGCUGUCGCCACGAAACACUUGGACGAGAUUUCACGACAACUUUGUCCUGAUCUUCAUUAUUUUGUCAUCUUCUCAAGCGUGUCUUGUGGCAGAGGAAAUGCCGGUCAAAGCAAUUACGGAAUGGCAAAUUCUGUGAUGGAACGAAUCAUUGAACAUCGACAUGCACUCGGCUUGCCAGCUAAAGCCAUUCAAUGGGGAGCUGUGGGUGAAGUUGGAUUAGUUGCUGAUAUGCAGGAAGAUAAAUUGGACAUGGAAAUUGGUGGAACUUUACAGCAGAGAAUAUCAUCGUGUCUUGAAGAACUCGAUCCAUUAAUAUCUUCAAAUUAUCCAGUUAUUGGAAGUAUGGUCGUUGCUGAAAAACGUGUUGGUGUUGGUGCUGGAAUGAGUGUAAUCGAAUCAGUAAUGAACAUCAUGUCUAUACGAGAUAUCAAAUCUGUAUCAAUGGAUGCAACAUUAUCUGAAAUUGGAAUGGAUUCUCUAAUGGCUGUAGAGAUUAGACAAAUGUUGGAGAGAGAAUAUGAAUUAUUCUUGUCACCACAAGAUUUGAGGUCUCUCACUUUCAUGAAGCUACAGGAAUUGACACUCUCAAAUGAGUCUCAAGAUCCUGACAAUGUUAAAGUUAAGUUUGCCACUGAUGAUGUUCCAGUUGGAGUUGAACUUAUGUUACGUAAUUUGGGAGAUGAAAAGACUUCUGAUCAGACAAUAUUGAGGUUGAUGAGUCAAGAAAAUAAUACAAAGAAUACAUCGUGUGUCUUAUUAGUUCCUGGCAUUGAGGGUGUUGCAGGAAAUGCAUGGCGAAAAGUUGCCAACUCGUUGGCGUUACCAGCAUAUAUGCUUCAAAUAAUGAAUACGAAAGAUGCUUUUUCAAUUCAAGAAAUCACAAAUUCUAUCUUCGAUGACGUUCAACAACAAGUUUUCAAUAAAGGAAAGGAUCAUUAUUACAUAGUUGGUUACUCAUUUGGUGCUUUAAUCACAAUGGAAUUAGCAAAGAUGUUUGAAAAUAAAGGUUUGAGGGGGCAAAUAGUUUUAAUUGAUGGAGCACCAUCAUUCUUAAAGAAGUUAGUUGUUGAUCAAAUGCCAUCAACUCACUCAGAUGAAGCAGUACAAAGAGUGUUGAUAAGUGGAGUUUUACGUACGGUUUAUCCGGAAGAAAAGAUCGAUGUCGACGAAAUAAUGGUGAAAUGUCCCACAUGGGAUUCUCGAGUUCAAAGAGUCGUCGAAUUGUCAACCGACCAAUAUCUUUAUUCAACUGAAUAUCUUAGAGCUAUGGCGAAUUGUCUUUUCCAAAGAAUUAAAAUGGUCAUUGAAUACAAACCAGACACGAGUCAGUUAGUAAGAUCACCUGUAACACUUGUGAGACCAACAGAGCUGUCGAUUGUAGAUUUAGAUGAAGAUUAUGGCAUUAACAAAAUGAUUCGUGGAGCAGCUAAUGUAAGAUUCAUUGAAGGAAAUCAUCUUACAAUGUUGGAAAAUCCAAAAUUAAUUCAAAUCAUCAACGAAUUAGAUCCUGCAUUGGAGGCCAAUCGUUCCUUUAAGAAACAUUAUUCUAUUUAA